AUCAGCAGCUCCUGAGGACUGAAGAACCUGCCCAGGGAACCCCUGCUCUGAGGUGCUCAGGCAUGGCUGAGCUGGACCACUCCCUGAGCCUGGCCGACGCUCUGACGGAGCCGCCCCCGGACGUGGAGGAGGAGGUGAAGAGAGAUUUCAUCGCCACGCUGGAGGCUGAGAAGUUUGAUGACGUGGUGGGGGAGACUGUGGACAAGACAGACUACGUGCCCCUGCUGGACGAUGAGGAGCAGGCCAGGCCUGGCUCCCAGGAGCCCAAAAGCAAAGGCCACGUGGACGGCAUUGCCGUGGAACAAGCCUAGACUGUCUCCUAACACUGGGGCUGCCACUGACACGAGGCCAGUGUCCUUUUCUACCUGCCAUUACACUUCUAAACUCUGCAGCAUUUUACAGAGCUCUUGCUUUACCUCCUUGGACUUGGCUGUAGAAGAACCAAAGGGUGGCUCCGUCCUGCUCCUCCUCCCUGUGCUCUGCAGUGCUUGUUGAAACCUUCCUCUGUCUGUGUAAGCACAAAGGUGCACCCUGCUUUGGAACUGCACUGUGCCUCUGGUUUGAAAUCACCACCACAGCUCCAUUUUUUGGUUUGAUCACCUUUAAAUUUAAUUUCUCUCCGUUUUCAUGGUGCUGGAUAAGAGAAGGUUUGAGAUUUCCAGUUGUGCUUCCAUAGUGGAUGGGUCCACCAUGACUGCAGCUCCCUUCCCUUGUCCCCACACUCCCCACAGCCUUUUAGAGUACCUGCCUUGCUCCUUGCUGCUUUGGAACCCUCUCACACGAGGUUCUGGUCUGUAACAAUGCUGUUUUCUUGGGUGGGUUCACAUCAUUUCAGCACUUUGUAGAAUUGAGAGACAGAUCAGGGAAAACCAGGUGUCCUGAGGUGCAGCUGGAUCAGCUCUGGUGCAUGAGGGGUGCAUUUUGGGGUCCCAGCCCUUGCCAUAGCUGGGAGUAUGAAGGAAAGCAGCAACCCCAAAUUCCUGCCUCAGGGAGUAGCUUUGGUGUCAUACUCCUUCCCAAAAACCCCAGAAAUUAGGAAGGAAAUUGCCUUUUUUAACUUCACACCUCUGGCUUCCUGUGGGCAAUGAGACCUUGGAUGGAAUUUACCUGCCAUGAGAAAUAAUCUGUCCCUGCUAAAACUGAGGAGAACAAAAGCACUGAGAUGUGAUGCCGUGCUGAAAUAUUGCUGACAAUUUCCAGCAGCACCAGAAGGACAGGCCUGGUUUAACCUAAACCAGAGCUCCAGGAGCCUGUCCAGGGGCAUUCCCACUGCCCCACAGAGCUGCAAAGCUUUCCAAAGACAAAGUGCUCAUUUUUCCAUCAGUAGAUGAAACAAAACAUGAAAGGAGGAGAUAAUUGGAGAGGGAAAUCAGGGUUUAAGCUGAGAUAGGCUCAGGCUGGCUUUGGGAGGCGAGGGGCUGUUCUGGGUGAGGAGAAUCCUGUGCUGUAGCUCAGGGUGCUUGGCCUGCCACACCUGAUGGAAGGAUUUAGCUGAACCCAAAUGCAGCCUGGGGCUGAACUGCCCAAAGCAAGAGCUGAGAGCUUCACUGGGCUAAAAUGGCAUUUCCCUGUUGUGAGGGGAGUGCCUGGCACCCCCUGGCACCCGCAUGCUGCUGCAGCAGGGUUUGGGUGGAAUGGGCAGUGCCAGGGCCGUGCCAGGGCCCGCAGAGCAGCUCUAGGCAGCUCCCCCAGGCCAGGCAGCCUUGCUUUGCUGUUUGUCCCCAGUGGGACUCCCAUGGCCCGGCUGGGUGGCAGUGCCAGCGCUGAGUCACAGCCUGGCUCUGCACUGUGCUGCCCACUUUGGUGCCAGGUCACCCCUGUGUGCCCCCCUGAGGAGCUGCCAGCCCUGUGGUGCCAGUGACCCCAGGGUUUGUCCUCUUGGUGCUCGUUGUUGUUCCUGGGGACGCUCCAGGCCCUGGAGCCCCACUCUGGGCAUUUCACAGCAUCGUUCAAGCUGGGAGUGACCUGAGAUCAGCUCCAACCUGUGAGUCCCUCCUGGUGUGCUCUCCUUUGGCUUUUUGGUGUCUGUGGCCAUAAAAGGAGAUUCUUGGCUUUCUUUUCAAAGAUCUUUUCAUAUAUUUUUUUUUAAUGUGAUUUUGAAGCAAGGCAGCAUCACUUUAACUUGGCUCCCCAAUUGUUCUUUCUCACCUUUUGCCUUAAGUGGGCUUAACUCUUGUGCCCUAGAAGUAGAGAAUAAAUAAUGUAAGACUGGUGUCUGAGGGGUGCAUUUUGGGGUCCAAGCCCUUGCCAUAACUGGGAAUAUGAAGGGAAACGUCCAGCCCCAAAUUCCUGCCUUAGGGAGUGGCUUUAGUGUCACACUCCUGCCCAAAAGCUGUAGAAGUAAGGAAGGAAAUUUCAGAUGGAAAUAUGAAAUACGGAAGGUUUCAGGUACCUGAAUAUGACACUUUUCCCACUCCCACAGAUGUUUUACUUUAUUGAAAGGCAACAAUGCUUUAAAGCCUUGGCUGGAGUCCCUUGUAGCCAGGGUGAGGUGGGCAGAGGAGUUUGGGAGCAGCUGCCCAUCCUGGCACCCCCGUGGGUGGGAUGGGGCUGGGCAGGGCAGGGGCAGCUCCUCCAGCCUGCUGCAAACAUGGAUCACCCAUCCCAUGCCACCCCAUGUUUGUGCCCUGUUCAUUUGUAGUGCCAUGGGGUCACUGGUGGGCAGAGGGGCUGCACAGGGGGCUGUGGGCACAGGGGGCUGUGCUGUGGGGCUGGGUGAUGUUCCUGCAGCACUGCCCCUGAGCUCUGGGUGUGCUGGGGUGGGAUCCCAGGGGAUGUAGGGGAUGGUGCAGUUUCUGUCCCUGCUGGAAACAGCCCAGUGUCCCAGUGGGGGUGUCCUGUGCAGCCCCAGGAGAGUUCUCUGCUCACAGCUGGGGCUGUGCUGUGCUCUCACCCCUGUGCUUGCUCACCCUUGUGUUGUCACUGCUGCUGAGUUGCUCCUUGCAAUGCUCUGUAUGAUGUGAAGCUGUAACUGCUGUGCAAUAAAUGUCCCUAAUAAACAUCUCAAACUAA